AUGCAUGCUGCAGGGUUCGGCCUCGGCCCGCACCCCGCGUUCCCGCAGUACCCGCCGCCGCCAGGCGGCGCCGCCGACCCCGCCGCAGCCGCUGCAGCAGCAGCUGUCGCGCAGCCCGGCAUGGCCGACCCCGCCCAGAUCCAGCAGCUGGUGCAGCUGCUAGGCGCCAAGAUGCUGCCUAAGCAGACGGCGGUGGUGGAGUGCCCCAAGUCCAUGGUGGGGCGUGUGAUUGGCAAGGGCGGCGAGACGAUCAAGAGCCUGCAGCAGUACACGGGCGCCAUGAUCCAGAUUGACCAGUCGACCGACCCCACGCGCGUCACCAUUGCGGGCAGCCCCCAGAGCCUGCAGCUGGCUGUGUCCAUGGUGAACGACAUUGUGCGCGGCACCUUCAAGGGCUUCGCCAUGCUGCGCCAGAUCGCGCUGAGCACCACCCAGCCCGGCAUGCCCGGCUUUGGCCAGCCCCAGCCCGUAUACGUGCAGGGCUACGGCUUUGUGCCGCCCUCGCAGGUGUACAAUCCCGACGACCCGCUGGCCGCUGCCGGCAUGCUGCGCAGCAGCCCGCCCAGCGGCCCCAGUGGCCCCCUCACGCCCCCCAUGACGCCCCUGCGCGGCCCCGCCGCCGGUGGCCUGGCCGGCGGCCUGACGCCCGAGGCGCUGGCCGCGCUGCUGGGCCAGCAGCAGCAGGGCAUGGGCGGCAUGGGCAUGGGCGAGCACGGCGCCGGCUCCCAGGACACUCUGCUGGGCCAGCUGCUGGGGCAGCUGGCCGGCCAGCAGCAGCAGGCCCAGGCGCCCACCAUGAACCUGCAGCAGCACCAGCACGGCGCGCAGCAGAUGAGCGGCAUGGGCCAGCAGGGCGGCGCGCCGCAGCACGGCGACGCGUCCCAGGGCCUGGGCGGCGCCGACCAGGCCGCCAUCCACGCGCUGCUGGCACAGGCGGGCCUGCUGGGCCCGGGCCAGCAUGUGGGCGGCGGCGGCGCGGGCAUGGCCGCCCACGCCCAGCCCCCCGCCUCUGCCGGCCUCAUGCUGGGCGGCGGCGCGCAGGUGCCCCUGUCUGCGGGCAGCAGCAGCCCCGCGCACUCGGCCGCCAGCGUGCCGCUGGCCGCGCCCAGCGCGGGCAGCAUGUACCGCGCGCCUUCCGAGGGCCCCGCCGCCGCCUCCUACCUGGGCACCUCCCCCACCGCCACCCACUCCUCCGCCGACACAGGCUCCGGCCGCGCCUCGCCCGCCGUGGCGCUGUCGUCCGCCAACCCCUCCCUCAUCACCCGCCGCCCCGCCUCCGACGCCGGCUCCCCGCUGGGCCGCUACGGCGCCGUGGGCUCGCCCUCCUCUCAGGGCGCCGCCAGCAUCGGCGCCGCCGCCGAGGAGGCGCUGGCGGCCAAGAUGAGCGCCGCCGCCAUCACCACGCGCGAGCUGGGGGAGCAGGGCGCCCCCAUAACUCCCCCCCGGCGGGCCAAAGGGGCCCGCCGGCAGGGCCAGUGGUAA